CGAAUCAUCCACCAAGAGUCCAAGAGUCAGUCAACGAAGAGAACUCCGACGCGAUUGAUUGCUUGUGUUGCCGUGGUUAUUCUGCGUGUGCGCCCCUCUCUGUUGGAGAAAAAGUUGGAGUUUUUCCCUGUGAAGCAAGAAGAAUCCGUUCCGUUGUUCCGGUUCAGGAGCCAAGAAUUCCGUUGACGAAGCGACAAAACCUACCUAGUAACAAGAAUGCCAGCUGCAGUGCCCGCAGAAAAUGGAGGUGGAGCUCCAAAGACAGAGCUGCAGGAGCUUCAGCUCAAAUCGCAGCAAGUGGUGGAUGAAUCCCUGGAUAGUACCCGGCGUAUGCUGGCACUAUGUGAAGAGAGCACUGAAGUGGGAAUGCGUACCAUCGUCAUGCUGGACGAACAAGGAGAACAACUGGAUCGAAUCGAGGAGGGCAUGGACCAGAUCAACGCCGACAUGCGAGAAGCCGAGAAGAAUCUCAGUGGCAUGGAGAAAUGCUGCGGCAUUUGCGUAUUGCCUUGCAAUAAGAGCGCAUCUUUCAAGGAGGACGACGGCACAUGGAAAGGUAACGACGACGGUAAAGUUGUGAAUAAUCAACCACAAAGAGUUAUGGACGACCGUAAUGGACUAGGACCACAAGCGGGUUACAUUGGAAGAAUAACGAACGACGCCCGAGAAGACGAGAUGGAGGAAAACAUGGGCCAGGUGAACACCAUGAUCGGUAACUUGAGAAACAUGGCCCUUGAUAUGGGAUCCGAACUUGAGAAUCAGAACAGGCAGAUUGACAGAAUCAAUCGUAAGGGCGAUUCCAACGCGACCAGGAUAGCAGCCGCGAACGAAAGGGCUCACAGUCUCCUGAAAUAAGCAAGUCUACGAUGCAAGGAACAAGAAAAAGGGGUUGAGGUAUUUCGGCUAAGUUUGUAUGUAUGAUAAGCAAGUGCAUCGCGAAUGUAUGUAAUAGCGAAGUGAAAGUGGAGAUCUCUAUCAUUUAAUCGAUUGCAAAAUCAACCAGAACAAAAUAUGUUUGGUUUGUUCUCUCAUUUUCAAAGUGAACUUCAUGUAAAAUAGAACAUUGGCCCUUUAGAAACGGAGAAGUUUAUGUUAGGAAUUUUAGAAAGGAAAUUGAUAUAAAUUAGAAUAUGUUUCCCUAAACUCAUGUGCUUUUUAAAAGCAAGACCUAAUUAGUGAUACACAACAAAUUACGAAACCUAAUUUUCAAUUAAUGCGUAACAAGUGAAACAUCAUUGAUCACUGUAAUCUUCUGAAGUUAAAGAGAAUCUCGAUAUGGAAGCACUUAACAAAUAAUAUGUAUUACUAAAGUAAUCUUGUAUAAAUUACAAACCAAAUCCGCUUGUUAAAUUAUAUACAUAUAUACAAUAAAUAUAUUAUGGAAAUAACAAAUAAAUAUUUCAGAUUCCAAAACAAACAAAGUUAAAAAGUAAUACACUAGCAUUUAAUGGAUAUCGAACAUUGCUUUAUAUUUUUCGUAUAAUUUGAGUGAUGCUGAUCGUUGUGAGUGCAGUUCGAUUGUUAUAGUAGGGUGCAAAUCAAAGAGGAAAAGAGGUUAGAACAUGUAAAUCGUAUCCUGCAAAAUGCGACAGACGAGAGAUAACGCAACGACGGAGCAAAGGUUGUUGAGCAGUUGGUCGAAAUUUCCACGAAGAAGAAAAAAAUGUUGGGACCAAUAUCCGAUGAGAUUAAAUAAAACCACCAACGCAUCCGUUGGUAAUAGCUACCGAAAAAAUGUUGAGUGGCGUGUUAAUCGGAAAACCAAUGAACGGUUCAUCUGGACGGCUGGUGGUGUACAAAUCGAUGAUUUUCAUUCUUCCGAACCUUAGCGAUGAACAAAGCAGCAAACAAAUACAUUCCUGUGUUGAACAAAAUGCCUUUAUUUCGUUUGAAGUUCGUGAAAUUGUAAUCAUGUUUCAAAGAUUGCUACUAUCGUUAGUAUUUCCAGUAUUACUCAAUCAAACUAUUGCUUGACACUCAAAACACAACGAAAGAAUGAAAAUCAUAUGGAUGGAGACUAUUUGCAGCCAGGCUCGUUCCAGCACUAAAAAAAAGAUCGGUUUUGCCCGACAUUUGUUGACGAUUCUUAGGAAAAAUUGUUACCCGUUUUUACGUUUUGAGCGUUUGCGAAACUGAGCAAAGAUAGUUAAAACGAAGCAAUAUUGGUCUUUAUACCACUAAAUGUGCAUUUUGUGAUUGGAAAUCGAGUGAUUAUUUAACCCUGUAUUAUUGAGAUAUAUUCCAUUAUGAGACAAACUUAGACAGUCAUUUGCUGGUUAGCGAGAUUCAAUGAAACUUUCAAAGCAUUAUUCGUUUUCUUUUGUUUUCUUCCUAUUGGGUACAAAGUUUUCAAUUUGCGUGAUAAUAAAUGACGCAUGUCGUUGUGGACUAAUUAACAAGCAGUUUGAUAAUUUCUUGCGCUGUAUUUUUUUUAGAAAACUGCGUUUACACGCAAGGAUUUCAUGUGGCAUUUUAGUGUACAUUAACAAAUUGGCAUUUACAAUUAAAAUUUAAAAAAGGAGCGAAAAGGCGUGUGUAACAGAAGCUCUGAUGAAAUCAACAAAAAGAAUUACUUUUUAAGCAGAUCACUAUUAAAAUAAUGUUUUCCAAAAGAAUUCAUUCGUCGUCACGAUUGUUGCCAUACAUUCGACGUAAUUAUCAUUUCUUCCCACCGAAUGAAAUGUAUGCAAUUCGCAUUAAAAUCACUAUCAUAAUACUACCUUAUUUCGGAUUGAAGUAAAGUUAAACCAAAAUUAUCAAAAAAGUGCACCCGAAGUUCUUAAGUACGGAUAUUGAAGCAAACAACACUUUUUUCAGCCUUCCAAAACUGAGCGUUAUAGUAUUCCUAGUCAUCUCGUACAUAUUGGCAAACAGUUUUUCUCCUAGAAUGCAAUCUUUGUAUGUUAACAAAAAAGGAAAUCUAUUUAAAACGUACUCACUAGCCUGGUACACGGUUUAUAUGGGAAAAUAUAAAAAAUGGAAAAACUCCAACUCCUGUAUACUUUUCGAGCUCCAUUUUGGUCCCAUAUCAACUGUGCAAAAUUUCAGAACGAUCGAAGAAACAAUAUUUUAGCGCCCGCCAUUCUUAGUUUUUCAUACGAUUUACUAUGGGGAAAAUUUACCUCUUCAAAGAAAAAUCGCUUGAGGUCAACCAUUGAUCCCUAAAAAUAAGUCGUUGAAUGAUUUCUGUAGAUAACUUCACGAGGAAUCAGACCACCGAAGACCGCAAAGCGAUGUGACAUUCGUGGAAAAAGUUAUUAAGCCUUACCCGAUCGAUAAAAUGACGAGAUUUUAUUAUUUAUUGUUAUUCCUUACGUGUUAAACAGCGUGGGCAUGUCAUUCGGUUUUCAGUCAAUAACUUUUUCCACAUGCCUUCGAUCGCUUUGCGGUCUUCAGAGGGUUUGUUCCUCGUAAAAUUUCCAACAGAAAUCAUUCAUCGAUAUAUUUUUAAGGGUUAAGGGGCAACCUGUGGUGAUUUUUCUUUAAAAAAGUGAUUUUCCCCAUAGUAAAUCGUAUGAAAAUUUAAAACGGCUGGCGCUAAAAUAUAGUUUCUCCGAUCGAGCUGAAAUUUUGCACAGUUGAUAUGGGGCCAAAAUGGAACUCAAAAAGUAUACAGGAGUAAAAUGUUUUUUGGUGUCCCACACUAGUACUCACACAUCUAGGGAGCGCAGAGAGAGAGCUUCCACAUCUAAUCAAACGGGCAAUAAAAAAGAUAUAGGCAUAGGCUGAGCAGCACCCAUUUCAAUUUAGUCGUAUUUAGCAAUGGGUGUAUGUCCUAUUCAGGAAGCCACCAUCCGGCUACAAAUGUAAAAGCAGCAGUUUAACAGGAGAAAACAUGUCCGUGCAUGCAAAGUGAAAUGCAAUAACCAACUAACACUAAAUCCAUUUGUUUUUUGUGAUUUCUUCGUUUUUACCAUAUUAUUUUGUAAACAAAAUACAUUGUAGUACAUAUUUAUUAUUUCUAUUCCAAAACUAUAGCGAAUAGCUGUGGUUGCUAAGAAUCCAAUAAUUGAUUUCAAAAAUUCUGGAUUAUUUCUUCGUAAUACUACUAAACUUGCAAUUGUACGAAACUUCCAGAGUUCUUCCUGGUAAUUCUUAAACAAAAUAUUCUGCCUAAAAUUCAUGGCGAAACGUUUGGCAAGAAUUUCCGGUUGGAUCCCUCGUGUUUCUUCCAUUUCAAUAAAAGUUUUGCUUAUUUCCUAUAUCAAAGUUCACAAACAAACUCUUCCUACAGAAGAAUCGCUUGAGAAAUUCUGAAAAAAAAAAAUCUGAACCAGAUUUAAACAGCAACAGUAUUUUUUUUUCUAAUUUAUGAUGCCUUGCUUUUGAUCAUAUUUCGGUAAAAAAAACUGCAAUUGAAAUUGUGUACUGAGGUAUAGCAAUUGGACUUUCAGUAAUCUCGUUGUCAGAGGUUUAGCCGUCUGGUACCAGUUCAUCGUUGGAAUUGUUGUUUGUUCGAUUGUAUCGAUCAUUUGAAAUGUACUAAUCUCAUCUGUACUGAAUAUUAUCCAAUUCGGCGAUGACCUGGUGCAAGAAGAUCCUAAUUGAUGUGCUAUGACUUUUUCUGCUCUUCUUUGAGUUCAACAAAACGUGAGCAACCUUUUUUUUCAUUACAGUAAACAGUCAUUUUUUUAAUUGUUUCAAUUAACACGGGUUGUUUCUAAAGGUGUUUGUUUUUGUUUUGGUUCUUUAUUGAUUUUAUUAUUUAUUAUGUUUGUUCAUCUUUUACGUCUCGUUUUACAUUUUAUUUUAUUUUAUUUCAAUAGGGCGACGACAAUACGACUCGACUCGAAGAAGCCAGCAAGAGAACUGGUCAGCUGUUACGAAGCUAACGCGGAAAGGUUUGUUUCUUCUAUUGUUAUUCUAUUGUCCCAAUUUUACUUGUUUUGUGGUGCUCUCAUUUUCUCGAAACACCGUAUAUCGGCGACACGUAUAUAACCCGUGGUCAGCAUAAGCUUUCAAUAUGUAUUAUAAACCCAACGCCAGACAUUACACUACACUGUCACAAUGGUAGUAAUGAAAUAUGAACAAAUAAAAAAUAAACUACUUGCAGCAUCCCAGGUUACGUUUAGUAAGUGGAGAAUUUAUGCAUUGGGCAUAAUUAAAACGUUGACAACAAUUCAAAUACCAGUUUAUUUUUGUUUGGUAUUGUUGAAUAAAAAUCAAUAAAUAAACAUAGCCGUCAGCUAUUGGAUUGAAAAAUAAGAACCAUAUCAUAUUCAAAACCCUUAUUAAAGGCAAAAAACCCUACUUCUGGUACGCAAAUUGUGCAUAACGGUAUUAUUAUCCGUGUUUUUGUUUCUUGCAAUUUAGAUUGCCACCUGUGGCUAGUUGUCCAAGUAACGCUCUUAAUUUAUAUCGCUCAUGUGUCAAAAUUGAUAUCUAUAGGAUAACAGAAGUUGCCACAUUCGAGAAAAGAAGUUCGGUCCAUUCAUGCUCGCGCCCUCAUGGUGGGCGAACAAUACAUCGGUUCCCUUAAAGUCGCACUUUGCUAGCAAUAAUAAUAGUAAAAUGAAAAAAAAAAAAAACAAACAAUGUGAUAUAAACGCGUUAAAAGGGAAAACUAUAAGAAAA